AUGGAACGAGCGUUUGAUAACAAAUACGAAAACAUAUUGAAAAAAGUUCCUGAACGAAGCUUCAAGGAUUGUUUGGUUGUUCUAGAGUGGAACGGUUUUGUGUUAGACAAGAACCAAUUAAUACCAACGGCGAAGGAGACAUGGGCCGGUGUGAGUGUCGUGCUAGACGAAAUUGUGGCCCAAUACUUGAAUUCACAAGCAAAAGGAGCAGAAGCAAAUGUUCAGCGCCAAAAGCGCUGCAGUGACCGAUUAGACGGCUGUAGGCUUUGGGUGGAAGCGUCACCCGGGCUCUGCGCGAUAGGAUACCACCACAAUCAAUGGUUCGAGACUGCGCUAAGACGUGUAACCUCUGCCAUUUAA